CUCGAUGCUGUACAGAAUCUUUUUCUCGCCUCAGAUGUUUAGUGACUAUCUUUUGCAAACUCCAUCAUUGUGAACAGCCCAUUCAUUUCUUUCGCCAAGCCUCUUUGUCGGCCCUGGGGUCCUAAUUGGCCCUUCGGAGAACCUUCUCACACUUUUCGAUUGCAUAUUCUCUGACGUAUUCUAACCAUGCGCCAGUUCGUAUCCUUCGCCUUGACCCUUCUUGCGGCUAGCACUGUAACUUCCGCAUCGGAUGCAAAAGGUGAUACAGUGUCUGAUGUUGUCUCGCUCACAAAAGACACGUUUGAGGAUUUCAUGAAAGAACAUGACUUGGUCUUGGCCGAAUUCUUUGCCCCAUGGUGCGGUCAUUGCAAGGCGCUGGCUCCAAAAUAUGAGGAAGCUGCCACAGAGCUUAAGUCUAAGAAUAUCCCACUUGUCAAAGUGGACUGCACCGCGGAAGAAGAGUUAUGUAGGGAUUACCGGAUAGAAGGCUAUCCAACUCUCAAGAUCUUCCGAGGUCCCGACUCAGUCAAGCCUUAUCUUGGAGCUCGACAGUCAGAGGCGCUCGUUUCAUACAUGGUCAAGCAGUCUCUCCCAGCCGUGUCUACUGUAAACCCAGAGAAUCUGGAAGAGUUCAAGACGAUGGAUAAGAUUGUCAUCAUUGGUUACAUUAGCUCCGACGAUAAGGCGGCAAAUGAAACCUUUACGUCCUUCGCCGAGUCCCAGAGAGACAACUAUCUUUUCGCCGCAACCAACGACCCAGCGCUCGCCAAGGCAGAAGAUAUCUCGCAGCCCUCUAUUGUACUCUACAAAGAUUUUGACGAAAAGAAAGCCGUGUAUGAUGGUGAACUUGACAAAGAUGCCAUUCUAGGCUGGGUGAAGACAGCAAGCACACCUCUUGUCGGCGAAAUUGACCCAGAAACUUACUCAGAGUAUAUCACUGCUAGUAUCCCGUUGGCAUACAUAUUCGCAGAGACUAAGGAAGAACGCGAGAAGCUCGCAGAGGAAUUCAGGCCUAUAGCAGAGAAGCAUAGGGGAGCCAUUAACAUUGCUACGAUCGAUGCUAGUAUCUUCGGACCUCAUGCUGGAAAUCUCAACUUGGAUCCGCAAAACUUCCCUGCCUUCGCCAUUCAAGAGACGACAAGGAAUGCCAAGUAUCCAUACGACCAGUCCAAGGAAAUUAACGCCGAAGAUGUCGGUCAGUUUAUUGAAGAUGUUCUCAACGGCAAGGUCGAACCCAGCAUCAAAUCCGAACCUAUUCCCGAGACGCAGGAGGGGCCAGUGACUGUUGUCGUCGCUCAUUCCUACAAGGAACUUGUCAUUGACAAUGACAAGGAUGUCCUCCUUGAGUUCUAUGCACCAUGGUGUGGACAUUGCAAGGCUCUUGCCCCCAAAUACGAGGAACUUGCCAGCCUGUACGCUGAUGUCCCAGCCUUGGCAUCGAAAGUGACAGUUGCCAAAAUCGACGCAACGACCAACGAUGUGCCAGAUUCGAUCCAAGGUUUCCCUACCAUCAAGCUUUUCCCCGCCGGCUCUAAGGAUUCCCCUGUCGAAUAUUCUGGUCCUCGAUCAGUGGAGGAUCUUGCCAAUUUCGUUAAAGAGCAGGGAACGCACAAGGUCGAUGCUUUUGCUGCCGGAGAUGAGAAAGCUGAGGAGGAAGCAGAUGCCACUUUAACCGUAUCUAUCUCAUCUAAGGCGACUUCUGAGAGUGCUGCCCCCACAGAGUCUGAGAAGGCGGAUCAUGAUGAACUGUAAGCCUGUGGAUUUGCUUUAUGAGAUUGACUUUUCAUAUAUCACCAUGUAUUCUGCCUAUGCCUACAUGGGCUUGUCUUAUUCUAAUGAUGGUAAAUUUGCAUGUUUUUAGUUCUUUGAAGGGAUACAUAAAUGGCAUCGUAGCACAGUAUUUGGGUCAUAACAAUUUGCAAUUCCCUCUGACUGGGGUCUGAAUAUAUACCGUACAGCAUAUUACCGUCGUGUUUACAGACAUUUGGCAUCGAGGACGGAUGCUGUAGAUAGUUAAUAAGCAUUUUAUGGAUGGCUAAAGCGUGCGCAUAUUUUCUUCGGACCUCCGAAAAUGCUUCGAAGCAGCACUCGCAGUCGUCGAACCCCAUCGCAAAUGGAAGAAAUUAAUAGAACAGGAAGUGUAUAGUUGCAAUGGCAUCUAGGUCACAAUUCUUCUCGAAUAGAGUCAUAAUGUACUCCGUAUUCUGGGUGUCGUAUGUAGACAAGUAGUUCAUGGUUCUCCCAUCCGAAGCUAUAACACGGAGGAGGGAAGACGGGGGUUGUCAAUAUCAUUAAUUUGCAUAUUCCUGGCUUAUUUUGUCUCAAUUUCAACUUUAGACCCCUUCUCUUCAGCCUUUUCUGUUGCAGCAAAGGCUUCCAGGACAUCGAUAUCAUCACCUUCAAAUUCAUCAACAGCUGUCUUAGCGGCUUUGGCUGCAUCAAGUUUCUGCUCCUUACGUUGAACAGUAGGAGUGUCCGAUGAAGAUGGAUUCUUUUCAAUCGGCAGGGCGUUCUUGCUCGCUGGCGACAAGCUCCAAUCAAUGAUCUCUCCAGCCCCGUAUCGUUCAGAGAGCCAGUCAUUGCAUUUUUUGAAAUGACCGCAGGUAAACUAUAAGGCUUUGUCAGCAAGCACCGAAAAUAAACGUAGCAAAUAGGAUAUUUCCCAUAUUGGCGGAAAGGCAAACGUCGACUUACAAAGCCCCUAGAUGCACUGAGUGGGCUAGGAUGAACAGACUGCAAAACACAGUGCUUUUCCUUAUUGAUGCCCGAGACACGUUUCCCCGCAGGCGUACCCCAUGCAAGAAAGACUACGCCGUUUCUUCGAACUCUAGCCACGAUAUCGAUAGCUUUCUGGGUGUUGAGCAAAAGAACCCCACGUUCAGCCCAUGGUGUUAGAAGUCCGCCUUUGUUUGGAGGCGCCUGGAAAUACGGAUAAUCGUUCUUAAUCCCCUUGUAGAUGUUUACGAGAGAAGGAGGAGCGGGAGUGGGUGGUCGGACAGAGAAUGCAAGACCGUGGGCCUGGUUGUGAUUGUGGUAUGGAUCUUGGCCAACGAUCACAACCUUCACCUUGUGUAGGGGCGUAUGUCGAGACCUGGGGAAAGUCAACAAGAUAACCUCAGACAUUUAUUAUGCGCACAUACUCCGCAGAAUAACUUAGUAGGUAGGGGUCACGGACCAAGAAUAGAUCUCAUUCUCAGGGGGGAAUAUCUUGACUCCUGAUUUUUUCUCUUGCUUAAGAAAGCGCUUCAGUGCGAGAAAUUCGGGCGUCGUGACUUCGUCCUUGAGCUGGGCCAGCCAGCUCUCAUCCAAGGUAUCGAUUUCUAGCUGAAGUAGAUCCUUUUGCUCCGGAGUCAACGAUGCCACCCAUUUCUCUUUGUUAAAGGUGGAACUCGAAGAUGACAUUGCUCGAUUUGAGUCGCCAUUUUUGGGCUUUGGGGCGCCAAAGAAAGAGGUUAUGCUCGAAUUAGUUUUGGACUUUUUUGAAUUGACUGCUGUAGCAGACAGAUGGUUGGCGUUUCGUUUAAGGCUCGUAGACGUGGCCAUGGCGAGAAGCAAUUAAGACGAACGCGUUAACUGGCAGUAUAUUGGAGUAGGAGGUAUGCAAGCUGUGACGGGGAGCAAGAACAGAAAUGGGAAGAAGAUAAUCAAAACCGGAGUCUUUGACGGUUUUCAUACUAUUGUGUAUGGGCAUAAUAUAUUGCUAUUAACGGGGAUAUGAGAUCGUCAAUAUACCGCGUCGCUGUCGCG